AAGCGGCCGCCUGCCUCCGCGUUUAGAUCCACGGGCACCUUGCACUUGGCAGCACGCGCACUCCAGUCCUCGGUGGACAACACUGAUUAAAAAUUUUCGCCUCUUAGAACCAAAGUUCUGGCGACUACACUUAAUCCCCGGCACCCGGCAGACGAGUAAAGCGAAAGGAAAAUAACCAGAGUUUGCAGCACCUGCGAGUCGGAAAGCACAAUGCCUUUUGUUGAAGGAUAAUUUAUUCAAUCAAGAUAGGAGAGUGGGAGACUUUUUGCUGCUUGCAUGUGACAAGAAACUAGUUUUAGUUGCUGCUGGUGAACGUCAAGAGGUGUCAAGAUGAGCAACUACGCGACAGAGAUCGUGGAAAAUUUUCAGAGCUUUCUUGAAGAGACGGCUGAUCCAAGGACAAGAGAAUGGUUUCUGAUCGACAGCCCUGGCAUACUUUUCACCAUUUUGGCGUCAUACCUUUAUUUUUGCAAUAUUGCUGGGCCAAAAAUGAUGAAAAAUAAAAAGCCCUUUCAAUUGAAAGAAGUCAUGAUUGCAUACAAUGCUUUUCAGGUCAUUUUCAGUGCCUACAUUGCUUGGGAGGGACUUCAGGGCGGUUGGUUGCACCACUAUAGCUUCAAGUGCCAACCCGUGGAUUACUCGCAAGACCCCGUCGCCCUCAGGAUGGCACGGGCGUGUUGGUGUUACUUUUUCUGCAAGAUCAUAGAGCUCCUUGACACUAUUUUCUUCAUACUAAGAAAGAAAGAUAGACAGGUGUCAUUCCUGCAUCUCUACCACCACACUCUAAUGCCUCUUUGUGCUUGGGUUGGUACCCGCUACCUUCCAGGUGGUCACGGUACCUUGCUGGGCGUGAUCAACUCUGUGGUGCAUAUUGUCAUGUACUCAUACUACCUUCUGGCUGCGUUUGGCCCUGAAGUGCAGAAGUACCUGUGGUGGAAAAAGUACAUCACCACCAUGCAGCUUGUGCAAUUCUGCAUUGUGUUUGUGCACUGCGCCCAGCUACUGGUUUAUGAAUGCAAUUACCCUAAGGCUAUCAUCAUGGCUCUUUGCGCCAAUGCAAUCAUCUUCUUCUACAUGUUCGCUAAAUUUUUCAAGCAGAACUACAUCAAACCUCAAAAGAAAAUUAUGUAAAAGGUAUUCUAGUUUGAAGUUGCCUUAAUUAUGUAUUUGCGAACAAUGAAACUUGGAUAUUAGGCAAUGUUUGCGAAUAAUAAUUAAUCAAAAGCAAUUUUAAUUAUUGUAAUAUACCACAGCUCUCAAUGGAGGAUUCUGUUUGUUUGAAUUUCUCUUAAACUAUAUAUACAGUGUAUUGUGUUUAAUAAUGGGUUUUGAAGAGAUUUCUGAUAAUAUCUCCAUGUUUUGGAAACUGUAACAGAUAAUUUAAUAAUAAAAAAAUUAAAUUUCUAAUGUUCAAAUUUGAAGAUAAAUAUUCUAAUCAUUAUACUACUAUUUUUUGGUCCCAAUCAUAUUAUGAGAAUUAAU